CCCAGCAAUUGGAUUGCUAAAUCUGGGACCGGCCAAAUUUUUUUGGCAUACUGCUACAGUGCGAUCUCACAUAUGAGAUCGCACUGUAGCGCUAUGCCAUCCAACAAAAUUUUAUUUUAAUAGUGCACAGUCGCUCAACCUCUCUCUCUCUCUUCCUACACUACCGGUUUUUGCUCUCUCGCGCCAUCAAGCUUUUCCCUUUCCCUCGCUUUUCUCUCCGAUCACCAAGCCGCUGUCUCACCAAGCCUCGCUUUUCUCUCCGAUCACCAAGCCAUCGCUGUCACCAAGCCUCGCUUUUCUCUCCGAUCAACAAGCCGCUGUUCGAAUCACCAAGCCUCUGCCGAUUCACCCUCACCCAUCUCCAAAUCCGUUUUCACUGUCACCAAGCCUCGCUAUUCUCUCCGAUCACCAAGCCGCUGUCACCAAGCCUCGCUUUUCUCUCCGAUCAAGAAGCCGCUGUCCGAAUCACCAAGCCUCUGCCUCUGCCGAUCCACCCUCACCCAUCUCCAAAUCCGUUUCACUGUCACCGAGCUUCGCUUUUCUCUCCGAUCACCAAGCCGCUGUCACCAAGCCUCGCUUUUCUCUCCGAUCACCAAGCCGCUGUCCGAAUCACCAAGCCUCUGCCUCUGCCUCUGCCUCUGCCGAUUCACCGAAGCUUCGUCGGUCUCUCAAAUAAAAUCAAAAUCAAAAUCAAAGCAAUUUACUAGAGGUGGGAUUCAGCUUCAUCACGAGGGUUUUCGCUUGCUGUCGGAUUAGCAUCUUCAGAAAGUCUGCUCAGGGAUGGAUACACAAGAAGAGAUAACACGAUAUGAUAAUGUCUCACAAAUGGAUGAUGAUUUUCUGGCAUCAUUUUUAAGUGAGUCUCAAAAUACUUCAAUGCAUGGCCAAGAGUCUUGUCCGGAAGUUGAAGUUGUCACCCCUAAUCCAACAAAACGUGGUGGCAACUUCAGUGUAGAUGAGGACAACCUCCUUGUCUCCGCAUGGCUUAACACUAGCAUGGAUGCCGUGCAAGGUACUGACCAAAGGAUUGAAAAAUUUUGGAAGAAAGUUUGGCAGUACUUUUGCGAGAAUAAUACUUACGGAACCACACGUUCUGCUUCCUCCCUCCAAAGUCGAUGGGGAAAUAUUAAUAGGGAGACAAGUAGGUUUGCUGGGUUCAUGGCUAAAGUUGAAGCCCGAAAUCCAAGCGGUAUGACUUACGAGGACAAGUUGAAAGAAGCAAAGGAACUAUAUAAAGAUUCACCAACUUCAACAAGCAGCAAAAAACCAGUUUUUGCAUUUGAGCAUUGUUGGGUUGUGUUGAAGAACCAACCAAAGUGGGGUAUGCCUAAGGAAAGAUCAAAGGGACUUCCUCAAACUCCAAGUUCAAUUGAUCAAGUUUGUAGUAAUAAUGAUGACACAAUGGAGGUAGAGAGACCAAUUGGUAGAAAAGCCGAAAAGGCUAAGCGAAAGAGAACAGAUGGUGAUAAGGGUUUUGAGGAUUAUUUGGUGAAAAAAAUGCAGUAUAUGCAAGAAUCACAUGAACAAGACAAUGAGGCUCUUCGCAUCAAAGCGGAUAGGGUUCGAGUGGAUGCGCAAAGAGCUGAUAUUGAAAAGGAAAGAGCUGAUAUUGAAAAAGAAAGGCUUCGUCUUGAAACUAGUAGGGAGAUGCAUAGAGUUGAUAUUGAAAAUGAAAAGCUUCGUCUUGAAACUAUUAGGGAGGAGGGAAGAAUAAUGACCUUGGAUACAAGUGGCAUGAAUGACAAAGAAAAACUUUAUUUUGAAAAUCUCAAGAAUCAAAUCCUUGCAAGACAACAAUUAGAGUAAAUAGUUGGGUUUGAUCCAAGGAGAUGAUGUUUUGUCAUAACUAUAUUUUGGUAGUAAAUUAUAUAUGGGUUGGGGUUUGGCAUAUGUAAAUGCUAUUUUGUUUCAACCUUAUUUUGGUAGUGGUUUAUUUUAAACGUAAGUUUGGAACAUGUAGAUGAUGUAUUGUUCCAACUUGAUCAAUUGGCAGUAGGUUGUGCCAUUUAUGUAAUCACAUUAUUUUUGGUUAUAUGAAAAACUUAUGUCCUUUCUAUGUUUGAUGAAGUUUAAAAGUGAUCGUUUUUAGUCCCUUAGAUGAUGUGGCCUAACUAAAAAUUGACAUGUGAUCAUUCCAUAGGGACUAAGAUUGCUCUCCUUUUCAAUUUAAUUGUGGUAAACUGGUAAUGCAACUUUUGUUUGUGUGGAGAUGGGGAGGUUUGUAUAUAUUCGAUGGAUACACGAGAUUAAGAUUCAGCAAAUGGAAUAUUGGAGUUAAUGCCAAACAAGGAGAGAGUGAAACGAAGUUGUUUGAGAAUUUUGUAAUAUAUGAUGUGCUGAAAUGGUGUUGUUUGGAUUCAUUGUUCCGGUUCAAGGUACAAUAAGGAUUAGGGAAGCCUAGUAGGAUUUAGAUUAAGGCGUUGAGGAAGUGCUUGACAAAGUCUCUGUGAAUCUCAUCUAGUUAUUGAUAAUGUGUCUAUUAAUUACCUGAUGAAGUUUUAGUUUCUAUAAUAUCUCGCUUGACUUUGAAAGAAGCAGGAAGAAGUAGCAUUAUUUAAGAUGGAAAAGGAUGUCAAGAUUUUAGUGUAGAAAAAGGCAAAAGGCAAUAUUUGUCUAAGUGAAGCAAGGCCUCAAAUUCUAAAUAUAGUUAUUAUACUAAGAAUGAACUCAAAUCAUACGUGUCUAAUACCCUGGAAUUUUAUAUUAAAGUCUUUGUGGCUCUACAAAUGUGUGCUACAUGAGAAAAAAUUAAUCAACAAUAAGCUUUACAACAAGCUAGGCACAGUUUGAAUUGAUGCUGGAGUGCUCUUGCACAUGUUAAUGUUAUGAGCGUAUUUUCGUUGUUUAAUUGAGAUAGGUUGUUGCCUUUUCUCACAGUUAUGAGCUCCGAAAUUUUCUUCGUCUACUCUCUCUCUCACAGUAUGGAUAUAUUUUUCACAAUUUCCUCCAACAGACUUUCAAUAAAAAUUUCAAUUGAAGCGUUGUUGAUGCAAAUGGAACCAUAAUCUUUUUCACUAAUUAUUAUUUAAUUAUAUUUUUCAUAUUAGUGCUUUUAUUUUUUUGGAUUGGUUAGUUACACACCCACCCAAUGGGUCUUGAACCCUUGACCUCACCCUCCACCUACCAUCCAACACUUGUAAGGGGAGGAAGUGACAAUUGUGCUGGAGCUCACUGUCAAUUUUUCCCCCCCCCCAUAUUUUAUAUUUCACGUCUUAGUGACCUUUGUUAGGCAUCCAUCUGUGGUGAGAUGACUGGAUUUAGUGGUUUUAUUGGACUUUGGGAAAUGAUGCCAAAACUUAAAGAGUGACUGAAGCAUAAGCUCUGCUGAAUAUUAUUUGCAUGUCAGUCUGAUCCCAAAUUCUCUGUGGUU